GGCAGUGUCGGGUGGGCACACCUUGCUAUCCCCAGGAGAGAGAGGAGGGCCCGCCCUGAGGCUGGGCACGUUUUGUCAAAGCUGGAUAUGAGCAUCACCCUGGAAAGUGGGAUAGUGCCUGCUGAUGGGAAUGGGAAGAGGAAUAAGAGGCAUCUCUGUGCUUUUUGGGUACCAGCUGAGGAGGGAAGUAGUAUUUAGCUUUAAUUGCAGACUUCCACCUGAGAAUUCCAGAACUCUUCUGAUUUACUUGUGACCAACAUGCAUCUUUUUGUCAAUGUGCCAAUAUUUUCUACUGACCUAAAUAGCUGUUCUCCCUCCCCAGUGCUUACCUCCCUGAUAUGUUUAUAGAGAGCAAUUGGAUCCCCUCUGCACCUUUGUUUUGCCAAGCAAACAAGCUAAGCUGGAAUAAUUAUCUGAGCUCAAUAAUUAUCCCCAUCAGAUACUUGGGAAGCGUGAGGCAGAGAGAGCCUCUACCUGCUUACACAAUGAAGUAGUGGCAAAGCCAAAUGGACGGACUGGCUUCCCCGGCUGCUAUUCCAGAGCUUUGCCUACCUGCCAGGCAACCACUUGUAAUUAAAGAGAGCGUAAAUGCCAAGUAACUGCAGAGGACUUACUUGUAUGUACUUAUUUGCUCUGUGUAACAGUUGAUGGAAGUCAAAUCCUGGACUGUAAAUGCAGCACAGCCCCGUACAGCUGUGCAUGGAACACAAGGUGGCAUUCUUGGUACAGAAGUUUUACUGGAGUGCUUUUCUAAUCCCAUACACCCUGAUGUUGGCUUUAGCUGGGUUGCCCUUAUUUUUCAUGGAAUGUUCCCUUGGGCAGUUUGCUAGUCUAGGGCCAAUUUCCGUCUGGAGAAUAUUACCGUUGUUUCAAGGAGUGGGCAUCACGAUGGUCAUCAUCUCAACAUUCGUGGCGAUCUACUACAAUGUUAUCAUUGCUUACGCACUCUACUACUUAUUUGCCUCUUUUCAAAAAGUGUUACCAUGGUCAGACUGCUUUUCCUGGGCAGAUGAGUUCUGCAGCAAAACUCGCUUAGUAAGUGACUGCAAUGCAACCUUAGAUGGAGAAAUCAUUCAUGCAAACUACUCAUUCAUCACAAGCAACAAUCUCACAUGUAUGAAUGGCACCAUGAACUACAAACCAGUGCAGUUUCCCAGUGAGCAGUACUGGAAUAAAGUGGCUCUUCAGCGCUCGAGCGGGUUGGAUGAGACCGGUAACAUCGUGUGGUACCUGGCACUCUGCCUUCUCCUGUCCUGGAUGAUUGUUGGAGCUGUGUUGUUUAAAGGAAUUAAAUCUUCUGGAAAGUCUGAUGUCUCCUAUUCUCCUUUCAUUGGGAGCUUUCUACCCUCCGUCUCAGCACUUCAGGGUGGAGAAUCUAUGCUUUCCCAGCCACAGUUCUGCCACAUGGCUCCUCAUAAACUCACAUUCUUUGCGUUCCUGACAAUUGGCUCUUCCUGUUGUCACCUCUCUUCUGGCACGAAGGUUGUUUACUUUACCGCACUCUUUCCAUAUGUCAUCCUGCUCAUCUUGCUGGUGCGAGGUGCCACCUUGGAAGGUGCUCUGGAUGGCAUCGAAUACUACAUUGGGAAACAGUCCAACAUCACCAAGCUGAUGGAGGCAGAGGUUUGGAAAGAUGCAGCCACCCAGAUAUUCUACUCCCUGUCUGUGGCGUGGGGCGGGCUUGUUGCUUUGUCUUCAUACAAUAAGUUCCACAACAACUGCUACUCAGAUGCUAUUUUAGUUUGUGUAACCAACUGCCUCACCAGCGUAUUUGCUGGGUUUGCAAUAUUCUCCAUCUUGGGACAUAUGGCGUUUGUGUCCGAGAGACCUGUCUCAGAGGUUGUGGACUCAGGAUUUGAUCUGGCAUUCGUAGCCUAUCCAGAGGCUCUCUCCAAGCUACCAGUUUCUCCUCUGUGGUCCUUCUUGUUUUUCUUCAUGCUUCUGCUCUUGGGCCUUGACUCUCAGUUUGCCACCAUAGAAACACUUACAACCACCAUACAAGAUAUAUAUCCCAAAGCGAUGAAAAAGUUAAGAAUCCCUAUAACCCUGGCUGUGUGCAUAUUGCUCUUCCUUCUUGGUCUUACUUGUGUUACUCAGGCAGGAAUUUACUGGGUUAACCUAAUAGAUCACUUCUGUGCUGGAUGGGGAAUCCUUAUUGCAGCUGUCCUGGAGAUAAUAGGCAUCAUCUACAUUUACGGAGGAAACAGGUUCAUUGAAGACAUUGAAAUGAUGAUUGGAAAGAAGAGCCGUUUGUUCUGGCUGUGGUGGAGAAUUUGCUGGUUUUUCAUUACUCCUGUGCUGUUAAUGGCAAUUUUGAUCUGGUCUUUGGUCACAUUUUCACCUCCCACUUAUGGCUCAGUGUUAUAUCCAGCCUGGGGAACCGCUGUUGGCUGGUGCAUGAUUAUCUUCUGUGUCAUCUGGAUUCCUGUCGUCGCUAUUCUAAAAAUAGUUAAAGCUGAAGGAAACCUUUGUCAGCGCAUUGUAAGCUGCUGCAGGCCCGCUGCAAACUGGGGUCCCUACCUGGCAUGUCACCGAGGAGAAAGAUACAGCCAUGUUGUAGAUCCCAAAAGGGAAAAGGAACAUGAGAUUCCUACUGUGUCUGGCUUCGUAUAUAUUCAACAAUGAGAUGGCCAUUCGGAUGACAAUUUUUUAACAUACGUGUGGGUUUUUUUCUUUAACUACUUGAGAAUAAGAAUGCAAAACAACAACAAAAAACAGAUCAAUGCUCUGCCCUUCAAAACCCAGCCCCCAAAUGAAAGUGAGAUGUAUUAUUUAUUUUUAGUGCUGUAUGUCUGGGGAGGCACAGGUAAAUUAGACACUGAGAUCUCCCCAGAUAUUUAGGUUGAGAGGGCAGGAAAAUGCAUUGCAGAGUCCCCAGGCUAAUGUAGGGGGCAUGCUAAACCCCAUCCAACCGUUAUCCAGCUGGACUGCAGAUACGGAUUUGGAAAAGAACAAAAGCACAUUCUGGUGCUCCCCAGCUACAGGAAAUUUGAGCCAAAAGGUGCUGUGCUUGCAUGCCCCGAUGUGCUACAGCAGUUUCUACCUUCUGCUGUGCCUCGCCAUCCACAGUCGUGUGCAGUUGGCAGCGAGGUGAUGGGGUGUGCUGCUGCCUGGCACUGUAGCUCAGGGAACAGAAAUAAUUUUUCUCUGUCUAAGCCUUGUUCACUGCUGUGAGGCUGCUCAGGGUUUGAUGUUGACUACAGUGUGUGUAUGUUUUUCCUGUGCAUCUAAAUAUUGAGUGAAUUAAAAUUGCUGUCACAGGAAAUAAGGCCUUAAACCUGGUGAAAAGCAGGCUGCUUCCUACUUCUCAUUAUUCCCCUUGGGAUUCCCGAAGAGCCAUCUUCUGUGUCAUGCCCUAUGCUCAGCAUUCAUCUAAAAAUCCCAUGCUUCCAUAUUCUGUCCUUAGGCUCUGCAGGAUGAAAUAGUAACUGUUGAUUUCUGGUGUGUCUGCCCUCCCUACUCUCACCAAGGCUUUGCCUCUCAGUUAGUUCUCUGCAUCUUUCCCUCAGUCUUGGGUUUUGCCUUCCAAAGGAGACCCAAAGUGCUUCUUUAAAGAUUCAGUGUUAUCAGUGUUGCAGCAGAACUUUACCCCAAGUCAAGGUUGCAACUGCCUUGUAAUGCUGUCACUCCAAAAUUUGCUGAAAUAAUGAGGUUACGGAAAAGUUAGGAAGUUUAUAAUGCAUUCUGGAACACAGACUUGUGGUUCUACCUAGGCACUAGUGGGUUAGGUUAAGAGAACCUGACUUCACUUGUAAUACAAGUGAAUUCCUGUUAAAGGAUAAAAGACCUAUGGAUUGAUGAAUACAUUUUGUGUGCUGAAGAACCUCUCUCUUACUGUGAUAAUCAUUCCUUGAGAACAAUGCAGCAGGGUUUCUAGCUGUCACUUCCUCAAGGCUUUGUCACUGUUUCUGGACAUGAAGGACUGUGGAUAGUGGCUUGCUGCCCAAGCUGCAUACCUUGCUGUAUGGUUUAUAUUGGUGUGUUUGUGACAAAUCAACACUUCAUGGAAAUAAAAUGUGAUUUUUCUGUUUUUAAUGGCUUUAGAGCUGGAAAAUGAGUUUUUAGCCUUUUGUAUGAAAAUGGGGGAAACAGCUGGUC